AGGCUCAGAGACAGAGAAACCAGCAUCAGAUCAUCAAAACCUGCAGAGACGAUGGACGCCGCUUACAAGAGAGUGAACGGAGACCACAGCCCGGAGGAAGAGACAGGAGAGCCGGGCACCGGGAGAAGAAGGAACUCGUAUCUGGAAGAAGACACCAGCAGGAAGUCGGAGGUGAUCACCUGCAUCUUCUCCCUGAAGGAGGAGGUUGGAGCUCUGGCCAAGGCCCUGCGGCUCUUUGAGGAUAAUGGCAUCAAUCUGACACACAUCGAGUCUCGUCCUUCGCGGAUGAACAAAAAAGAGUACGAGUUCUUCAUCAGUGUGGAGCCCAGCUGCUCUCAGGCCCUGGAUGAGGUUAUCGACAGCCUGCGCACGCAGAUCAGCGGCCAUGUGCACGAGUUGUCACGCAACAAGCAAAAGGACACAGUGCCAUGGUUCCCGAAGGACAUCCAGGACUUGGACCGCUUUGCCAACCAGAUCCUCAGCUACGGUUCGGAGCUGGAUGCUGAUCACCCGGGCUUCAAAGAUCCGGUGUACAGAGCCCGCAGGAAGGAGUUCGCUGACAUCGCCUACAACUACAGAUACGGCCAGGCCAUCCCCAGGGUGGAGUACACGGAGGAAGAGAAGGUCACAUGGGGGGUUGUGUUCAGGGAGCUCAAGGCUCUGUACCCGACUCACGCCUGCCGCGAACACAACCGGGUUUUCCCUCUGCUGGAGGAAUACUGCGGCUACAAGCCGGACAACAUCCCGCAGCUGGAGGACGUCUCCCGCUUCCUGCAGUCCUGUACUGGUUUUCGGCUCCGCCCAGUAGCCGGUCUGCUCUCAUCCCGGGACUUCCUGGCCGGACUUGCCUUCCGAGUUUUCCAUUCCACGCAGUACAUCCGUCACGGCUCCAAGCCCACAUACACACCCGAGCCGGAUAUUUGCCAUGAACUCCUAGGACACGUUCCACUGUUUGCUGACCCUCGUUUUGCCCAGUUUUCUCAGGAAAUCGGUCUUGCUUCUCUUGGUGCCCCUGAUGAGUACAUUGAGAAACUUGCUACUGUUUACUGGUUCACCAUCGAGUUUGGCCUCUGCAAGCAAGGCUCCGACAUCAAGGUGUACGGAGCUGGUCUGCUGUCGUCAUUCGGGGAGCUGAAGUACUGCCUAACGGAUAAGCCCCAGCUGAAACCUUUCGACCCGGAGAAGACCAUCCAGCAAAAAUACCCGAUUACCGAGUACCAGCCCGUUUACUUCGUUGCUGAGAGCUUCGAGGACGCCAAGGAGAAAGUGAGGAAGUUUGCCACCACCAUCCCCAGGCCGUUCUCGGUGCGCUACAACCCCUACACCCAGAGCAUCGAGGUCCUCAACAACACCCAGCAGCUCACCAACCUGGCCGACUGCGUCCACAGUGAGCUGGGGAAGUUGUGCGAAGCCCUGAAGAAACUGGAGUAGCUGCUGAUCCAGCUCAUAUAAAAUGAUUUCAGUUUCUGUUGUUUCUUCUCAGUUUAGCUAAACGACAAUCAUAGCAUCCUGAAUAUUAGGGUAGAAAAUGUCUGAAAUAAACUGCAGCAUGCAACGUAAACAGGACGUUGUGUGUUAUAGCUGCAUGAAUGUUACUGAAGUUAUUUUUCAAAAUGGACGUAUUUGGUAGUCAACAUCUUUUAGUUAAGUUUUGUUGAAUAUAAGCUUCACCUAUAGCACUUUUAAUUUCUCUGAUUUGUUUCUACGCAUUUUGUAGUGAAGAGAUUUUUCCUGUUUCCACGUUUUACGUCUGACAAAUGAUUUUUAUGCAUUAAAAUUUAAUAAAAAUAAA